UUUAGGCAUUCAAACCAAACGCAGCACAAACAUGAGCAUCACAGGAAAAUUAUAUUAUUCCGCGAGUGUUGGUGCUAUAAUUGCACGUGUUACUGUACUUAGAUGGUUAUCAAUGUCAGGAUCGCGAUGUAUCACAGAAUCUAAAGCUAAAGAAGCAGCCGAGGAUGAGGUCCUUAUAAAAGAUGUUGGAGAUAAGGGCGUAAUAAUUUUAAACCGACCUAAGGUAUUAAAUACUGUAAAUUUAUCCAUGGCCAGAAAAGUAUAUUCCAUUCUUAAACAAUGGGAAUCUUCAAAGAAGUUGGUAAUAAUAGAAGGUAUGGGUGAUAAAGCGUUUUGUGCGGGUGGUGAUGUUAAAUCGCUUGCCUUGGCAUUGACUGAAUCAAAAGAAGACUUUUAUUUUAUUGAAGAAACAUUUAGACAAAACUAUAACUUAAAUUAUUUGGUCGGAACAUAUGAGAAACCUUAUAUUGCUAUCAUGAAUGGGAUAACAAUGGGAGGCGGUGUUGGAUUAGCUAUAUUUGGCAAAUAUAGAAUUGCCACAGAAAAAACUCUCUGUGCUGUUCCAGAAACAGCAAUAGGAUUAUUUCCCGACGCUGGUGCGACUUAUUUCUUGUCCAGACUGAAAGGUAAACUGGGUGUCUAUUUAGGCCUGACAGGACACAAGUUAAAAGGUGUCGAUGUUCUCUUUGCUGGAAUCGCGACGCAUUUUGUACCAUCGGAGAAACUCAUGGAUUUGAAACGCGAUUUGUUAACGUUGCAUGAAGUUGACAAGUCUGUUUUAACCAUUUUAAAUAAGUAUCAACCGAAAUUAAAUUAUAAAUUCAGCUUGGCACCUCAUAUGUCACAGAUAGAAAAUUGUUUCUCUGCUCCAACCGUUGAAGAGAUAAUUGAGAGAUUGAAAAAAGAUAAUUCAGAAUGGGCACAAAAAAACAUAGAUAUACUACUCAAAAUGUCUCCGUCUUCUCUCAAAAUCACCAAAAAAGCGAUCGAUGAAGGAAAAGAAAAAUCCUUAGUUGAUUGUUUAAAGAUUGAGUUUAGAUUGGUUUGUACCGCUUUAACCAAAGACGGUGAUUUCUAUGAAGGUGUCAGAGCUCUUUUAAUCGACAAAGAUCAGAAACCAUUAUGGAAGCCGACAUCUUUGCCCGAUGUAACGAAUGAAUAUUUAAAUAAACGGUUCGCAAUGCUUCCCGUGGAAAAAGAAUUGCAGUUGUGUACCAGAAAACUAAAUGGAAAUUAAGAGAGUUUUUUAUGUAGUUUUUUAUGUGUGGAUACAGAACUAGGCAUUUCGAUGCCUGAGGCAAAAAAUGCAUUUCUUAGUUCUUAUAAAAAUAAUAUUUCUUUAUGACAUGUGAAAUAUAAUAAAAAAUAAUAUGAAUUAAUGUUAAUUAAUAGUAUAUAUUAAUAUUAAUUUAAUAUAAUCAUGUAUACGCAGGAGAAGAGUACGUUACAAUCAUACCAUGUAUAUUACAAAUAUAGUUACUAAAAUUACAA